AUGCCUCGAAAAACCGUCAAGAGCGAAGCCAGCACGGCUUCGCCCGACCCUGCACCCGCCAGAUCGACCCCGGUCAAGGCGGGCAAGACCACGAGCACCCCCGCGAAGAGCGCCUCCAAAAAGGAAAAGGACACGCCCUCCAGCAAGAGCAGCACCACCAAGACCUCCAAGGACAAGGACGCCGCCGCCAUCAAGCAGCGUCGCCAGAGAAGGGCCAGCAGCACGCAGCUGCUCGCGGGCGCGCUGGCGGCGGCCGUGUACGCGGCCGUGGUGUCGCUCGCGCUGCGCUUCGUGCUGCCGCGCGUGCUGGUGCUCCAUUUCCGCGGCAUCCCGACGGUGGCGCCGGCGUACGCGGCCUCGUUUUUCGCGCUGCUGCCCACGGCGGCCGUCUUUGGCGGCGCCGCCAGCAAGUUCCUCUUUGCGCCGUACGUCACCACCGGCCGCAGCAAGGAGGACGACAGGAUCCGCCAGUUCGACCCCGUUCGCGCCAGCCUCGCCGAGACUGUCUGGUGGAACGUCUGGGGAUACACGCUGCGCGGCCGCAUCGUCAUCACGCGCACCGCCCUCGUCACUGGUAUGACGGCCGUGAGCACCUUCCUUGCCUGCGCGGUCGCGAUGGAUGGCGUCACGGGUUGGGGGGCGGCCGCGUACGCGUUGGUCUGGGCGUCUGCGACGGCGGCCACGGGUCUUGCGCUCGGUCUUGUCGGUCAGGAAUAA